UAGUCCGAGCCAUUGCAUCUCUGCUACAAGAUUAUGUGAAACGACCAUCGAGAGAACAUUUUUCUAACAUCAGGAAUUAUUAUUUUGAAAUGUCUGGUUUUCCUGGGGUAUUGGGUGCAGUUGACUGCACACAUGUACCUAUUCAGAGUCCUGGAGGUGCUAGAGCAGAAGAGUUCAGGUGUAGAAAGGGAUUUUUUUUCUUUGAAUGUUCAGGCAGCUUGUGGACCAAUUUUAGAAUUUUUUGACUUUGUGUGCCGUUGGCCUGGCUCUGUUCAUGACAGCCGAAUAUUUAAUAAUAGCAGAUUAUUUUUUGAUCUUCAACAUGAUCUGCUAGAAGGGCAUCACUUAUUAGGUGACUCAGCCUAUCCACUGCUACCAUUCCUCCUCACCCCAGUGGCAAAUCCUGUUGGCCAAAGAGAAGUCAGAUACAAUAUAUCAUAUUCCAAAGCACGAAAUACCGUUGAGAGAGCAUUUGGUGUUCUGAAAAUGAGAUUCAGGUGCCUCACCAUUCCAUUGAAAAUUAAUUUAACAGUCAUGGCGACUAUUUGCAGUGCAGCUGUCUUGCAUAAUAUGGCUGUUAAGUAUAAAGAAGAUCUGUACAUGUGUAAUGAUGAUGGAGAGGAAGAAAGUGUAAAUAUUGAAGAAAAUAUAGAACACUUUGUAAAUGCUGCCGGUCGACAGAAGAGAAAUAAUAUUAAUGAAUAUUUUUCUUAAAUGUUUCAUGCCAAAAUGCCAUUUUUGGUUGAUAUUUUUCUGUUUUGCCUAAAUUAAGCAUAUGGCAGUUAUGAUUUUGAUUGUACACUAUAGCAAUCCUCAGUAUAUGACAAUUAUGAUUUAUUUUGACUGUAUAUUAUAAUGUUCCUCAUGAUAUGAAAAUAAGGGUUUAUUUUGAUUGUCUAUCAUACUAUUCCUCAUGAUAUGAGUUAUGAUUUGUUCUGAUUGUACAUUUUACUAUCCCUCGUGAUAUGAAAAUUAUGUUUUAUUUUGAGUGUUCAUUAUACUAUUCCUCAUGAUAAUGUCCAUGUCUUUGAUAUGCAUAAUUCAUGUC